AUGAACAUCUUGACUGCGUAUCUUGUGCUGUGGGCGGCUGUGGUUUAUGGGCUUGAUGUGAGAGAAGAAGCGCCCCAGAGCUCCAAUAGUAAUUACACCGAGGAGGACCGUACCGUUUCCCCCCAAGAGAACCGCGAUGGCUGGGUCAAUCCGGAAGAUUUGGCUUCUAUGCCUCAGUGCAUCGCCCAGCAAGAUCAAUCCACCUGGCUGGAGACCAUGACGAAAUGCACCGACCACCGAUGCACCCGCCACUUUGGACUGAUCUGCACGCAGCACCAAUGGCUCACUCAGCUCACCUGUCUCAGCAAUGUAUUUUCCCCCGAUGCCAUCGAAAGUUAUUACGCCUACUGUGAUAGAUCCAUUCUCGCCAAAGCGCAGCUGUAUCGAUGGGUUCGUAACAUCACCGGUCGAACGUGGCUGGUCGACGUCGGCGACGCGAUCGAGCUGCAAAUUCUCUCCCCUGCCUCACUAGUUGAAGGAUACGCACCCGUGGACGUGAUUUACAAGGCGCCAGCAUGCCUGAAAGGCUCCCUUUCGGCUCCAUCAAUGGAGCCAUUUCAGCAUGUAAUGGCCUCCUGUAGUUUCACAAGUACUACCCAACACACCGGAAAUGCUGCUCGUCCUUGGGAAUACAGUGAAUCCCUACGGUCCAUGAUCGCUCUGGAUUCUGAAACUGUUGGAUACGAUCUCGUCGGGCAUCCCAUCAGGGAUGGUGAAUAUUUUGAUAAAGCGUGCUUCUGCAGUUCCUUCACAAUCGAUUUCGAAAAAGAGCCUUGUUCAAAGCUAGAACAAUUGGACUUGACGAAGGAGCGCCUCUGGAUUAAUGCCACAUGCGGGUCGACAUUCUUACCCGAGAACUGGACAGACGCACUUAAAACCACAACAUUCGCGUACAUUCCCGUCGAAGAGUGGCAUUGGCCCAUGUCUGUCACCGAUAUGCCGAAGCAGGUGCUCGAGCUUAAAGAUGAGUGCUCAGCAGAUGCUUGUGACCUUGACUCAAAUGGGUACUGCAAAGUCAGGCGUGCCGUUGACAGGGCUUGCGUUUGCCGCAGCAUCACCUACAAUUCCUGCGGAGGUUUGUGCCAGGAAUUCGAGACCCGAAUCGCCUAUAUCAAGUGGCUCCACGAUCUGUGUGGCAAUGUGGGAAACUGGCAUGGUUUGCCAGAUGAUUGGCGUCAAUUAGCCACCCCUUCCCCUGUCGAGAUGAUUCCAUGGGGAUGGGCAAUCAAGCCGUCCAUCAAUUCGGAUAGUGCUAAUAUCACCCGCUUGGAAAGCAUCACGGCAACGGGGACAUGUCUAUCGAAUGAGUGGAAGCUCAGAAGUGUCGCUCUAGUCAAUAUAGCCACUUUCGUUGCUGUGGCCUUCAGGCAUAGACUAGGCGUAUAUCGAAUCCCCCCGGGCUCUCUAUGGCACUCACACCCGUGGUGCUGGCUUUUCAAAGGGACCUUAAUCGCUGCUCUGCAACUCCUUGCAAAUCUGCUCAAUACCUGGUUUGUUCAGAGCACCUCUGGCUAUGAGAACGUUCCCAUUUUUCAAGUGAUGCUCUUCUGGUGUUCAAUGCCUCGGCUUGCGUGGCUUACGAUCUUGCUGAUUGCUCUACAACCCGGAGCGAUGAAACUCUCCGCAGCCACAUCUGUGUUGUUUGCGGAACUGAUCCUCCAGAUCCUCUCCUCAUAUUACAUGAUAAUGACUGUCGGGUAUGGUGGAGAACAUAACUUCUACCUUGGAGGUAUCGGAGGAGCGGAGAGAGGGGGCUCGGCGAAAACCAUGUAUGCGGGAGCACUCAUGUGGCUUAUUAUCGUUGGCCUGACGCUCGUUUCUUUCAUGUGGGCCAUGUUUUGGUUGAUUGCAUCUAGUAAUUGCCACCAACGACAUGGGCAGAGACACAAACAAAGCUCAUCGAACAUCGCGGAUGAGCCGAUGGCCUUCUCGGAUGAACGUCGCGCGAAGCGAAGGGACAAGAGGGCACGUCAUGGGAUGGACAGGAGUAGCGGCCCCGAAGGCACACCAUUAAGAAGUAGCGAGGGAAGAUAUGACACGGUGCACCAGUAUGGAACUUUCUCCUUUGAAGGCCGAAAUCACUUGGCGUUCCCAGAAGCAUCUAUGCAAUGGUAUGUGGCCACGGUCCCAAGCCUGCUGCUUCUCUGGAUUGCGCAGUGGCUCUUUUGGGGUGGAUUUAUUGGUCUUAGUUCGGAAGAGUUCUGCCCCCCUAAGCUUGGGGUUCUCACAGCUGUCUGGGUUGCUUACUCGCUGACAGGCGUUAUUCUCAUUCUGUAA